AACAAAAUCAUGCUUUUUCAAAUAGGCAUCAAUCAGAUACAUUCACUGUUCAAAGAGUUUCAAACUUAUAUUAAGGGUCAGUUUCUCUGGUGCAGGAGAAGAAGAGAAAGAAAGGAUCAAUAUCAAUAUAGACAGAGGAAUACCACCCCAGAAAACACAAAUGUCUAAACAUGAUACAAAAAGAACCGUUAGCUGGUUAGAAAGACAAUUUACAACGAAGGCCACUCGAUAUUAUGAUUCCAGUAAUCCCGUUGAUUACGCAACUGCAGUAGCUGUAGCUGCAUUUGUUGUAAAAUCAAUUGAAGACAAGAGUAAUAGAGACCAAACACUGACAAAUACUGGAUCUAAUAAACCUUUGAGCAAGAUAAAAAGUAAAGUAGACGAUACAAUUGGGAGACCUGACAAGUCCACAGCUGUCAAAACUUCAAAAUCAAGUUCAAAAGUUCAAGACAAAAAUGUCGUAAUACAGACAGCAGCACUCGAUCAAGAAGCAGUUAACUCCGCGCGAUCCCUUAAGCAGAGUGCAACCUAUGCAGAUACCAAAAAGAACUCCACAUUUGCAGAUAAGAACAUUGACAUCACAUCUCCCAAAAUGCCAACUAGACAAUCGACGUCUCAAAAGGAGAUGACGAAAGGACCAGUUACGAUAAAUCCAGGAACUGGAAAUUCUAAAGCAGAUAUUUGGGAGAAAGAAGAGAUGAAGAAGAUCAAAGAACGGUAUAAGAAGCUGAAUAAAGUGAUAAUUGACUGGGAGUCUAAGAAGAAGAAAAAGGCAAAGCGUCAUUUAGAGCAAAUUGAGGCAAAAUUAGAUAUGCGAAGGGCGAAAACAAGGCAAAGUUUUUACAGUGAUAUUGGAAGCAUUGAAAACAUAGCUGGAGGAGCCAAAUCACAAGCAGAGAAAAAUCAAGCAAAUGAGGAGCUUAAGGUGAAAGAGAAAGCAAAUAAAAUCAGAUCAACAGGGAAAAUUCCAGCAACAUGUUUAUGCUUUUAAACUAAGAUCGAAUACAAGAAAGCCGUAAAUAUUGUACAAUACUAACAUUUGGAAGAUCUCUCAAACCUUAUACAGGUGAAAGAUGCAUGGAAUAAACUUUUAUUGUUAACGAAUGUAAAACAAACUGUAUAUUUUCCGAUUGAGGAACAACACGUUAUUUUUUUAAUUACAAUUCUAAACUACAUUCCCUUGGGAUAGAAUCAUUGUGUAAC